AUGUCAGGAGCAGAGAGAUACAUGGAUGAAUGCUGCAGUCACCCAGCCUUACUCCAGGUCUGCACACAAGAAGUUGAAAGUAGCAGUGGAAGUUUAAAGGUGCAGAGGAUGUGCGCCUCUAGGCGGAUACUGCUGCUCGCACUCACCUUCCUGGCAUACACGGUGGACUCCACGUCGGCAUAUGGCACUGCUGAAACGCUCUGUGGUGGGGAACUAGUAGACACACUGCAGUUUGUCUGUGGGGACAGGGGCUUCUACUUCAGUAGACCCGUGGGACGAAAUAACAGAAGAUUCAACCGUGGCAUAGUUGAGGAGUGCUGUUUUCGGAGCUGCGACCUUGCUCUUUUGGAAACGUACUGCGCAAAGUCUGUUAAGUCUGAGCGGGACCUCUCGUCCUCUUCUCUUGUGGUCCUACCAGCACUAAGCAAGGAUAGCUUUCAAAAACCUUCACAUGCCAAGUACUCCAAAUAUGAUGUGUGGCAGAAAAAGAGCUCACAGCGCCUACAACGGGGAGUUCCCAGCAUCUUCCGCGCUCGCAGGUACCGGUGGCAAGCCGAAGGGCUGCAAGCAUCUGAUGAAACCAAGGUGCAUCGUCCCCUCAUCUCCCUGCCCAGCCAGAAGCCCCUGGUAGUGCAAGUUUCCUCAGAAACAUCAGGCAACCGGAAAUGA